AUGGCAAACCCUGGCACAAUCUCCACCCGAAUGAGCACAACAGUGCAAGAAUUUGCUCCCAUCGCCUCUGCGAUGCAAUCCAGAAAAGACAAAAACCAGCCCACAGAAGGAGACAUCAAUCUCGGCGAUGGCGAGAACACACUAAUGAAGACCCAGAUGGUGGGGAUCUGUCAAGAGGCGAUGCAGACGAGUCUCACAGCAGAGAGCUUCGCGAAUCCCGAUGGGUUCAACACUGAUUCCGCACUGCGAGAGACGCUCGCGAAGUAUUUCACUACGUACUUCCAUCCUGCGAUCCCAGUGACUCUGGAGAACAUUGUUCCUACUGCUGGAUCGGGGCAUGCGCUGGAUGCCCUUCUCUUCACGAUCUGUGAUGCGGGAGAUAGUGUCCUCUGUCCUGCUCCAGCUUGGUGGGGCUAUCAAACCUGGGCCCGCAUCCACGCCAACGUAACCAUGAUACCCGCCUACAUAGACCCCCUCUCCCCAUUAUCAACAUGGCCCACAGCCAGCCUAUCGAAAGCCAUAAUCCCCGCGCUCGAAGCAGCAUACACCUCCGCGCCAGACCCCAGCCGCAUUAAGGCGCUGCUCACCUCGAAUCCGAACAACCCGUUUAUGAGAUGCUGGCCGAGCGACGUGCUGCGCGGGAUGAUGGAGUUUUGCCAGAAGUAUGGCCUGCAUUAUAUCUCUGAUGAAGUGUUUGCGAACACUGUUUUUGAUGCGACGGAGAAAUUCGUUUCUGCGCUGGAGUUGGUAAAAGGUACGGAUGGUGAUCAUGGGAGUGGGAGCAUUAUUGACCCGAAUCUUGUCCAUGUGGUAUGGAGCACGACCAAGGAUUUCGGGGCUUGUGGUAUUCGCUCGGGCUGUGCAGUGUCAUACAACCCACUCGUCAUAUCAGGCGUCUCCUACGCAACACUCUGGCAAGUCUCCUCGCUAACAGCACACUUCACUUCACAUCUCCUCAAUUCUCCCUCACUGCCAAAUCUCAUUUCCUCUACGCGGAAGCAACUAGCCCAAUCAUAUGAAAUCUGCGUCGCGACACUAUCUUCUCCCGAGCUAGACGGCAGAGUCGAGAUCGUGCCGGCGACGGCGGGACUCUGGGUGAAUGUCAUUGUUAAUCUGAGAGAAGGGGAGACGACGCAGGAUGUUGUUGCUAGAGCGAAAGAUCACCGUGUGGUUAUUUUCAGUCACACUACGUUUGCGCGGCUUCUGGGGGAAAAUCAGGGAUUGAUUGUGAUUACCACUGCGUUGGAGGCGGAUGUGGUGAGAGUGGGGGUGGAGAGGUUGAGAGAGAGUUUGCUUUGA